GUAAAAUGUUGACAUGAGCCACCUCAUCUUUGGUGUGUAUGUUCAUGUGGACUAAUUUUAGUAAAUGUUAAUGCCUAAUAUUAUAAUAAACAUAAAAAAGUAAUUAAAAAUGGAUUUCUGGUAUUCUAUUGUGCUGUUCUUGACUUAUUUAAUGGCUGUGAAUUGUAUUAUGUGGAACUUGGAGCCUAACACACAAAAAUGUUUAAAAGAAGAAUUACAGCAAAAUGUUCCAGUAAUAGGAGAAUUUGAAGUUUCAGAAGCUCCUGGACAAACCAUUGAUUACGUCGUUACGGAUUCUAAAGGACAUAUUUUAGCCAAAAGGCAAGAUAUUUCUAAAGGAAAAUUCUCUUUUAACACUGAAAGUUAUGAUACAUAUGAAAUUUGUUUCAUUUCACAUGUUCCACCAAACCACAGAGGAAUUACACAAGAAGUGUCACUAAUAACAAAGCAUGGCGUAGAAACUAAAAAUUAUGAUACG